AUGUCGACUAGGAGCAGCACCCAGGAUCGGCUAUCGGUGCCUUGCAGGAGGCAAUCAAUCACAAGACGUUUUUCGAAGCGUCAUUGUUGGCCAGCUCAUCUGACAGAUGAGUCAUCCUACAACAUCUACCAGGCGGUCCAUGGCGAGAACUGCGGAAUUAGGGAUCAGUGCUCCCUCCCAAAAAGUACUUGCCACAAACAAGGAGAGAGUGUCCCGAGAAAUGCGUCAUGGAGGGCCAUCAAGGACAACGAGCCCUACGGUGUCAAGACGUCCGGGUCCUCCCUGACGCUGCACCAGCUGUUCGAGGGCCGUCAAGUCUCUCCCCGCGUCUACUUCCUCGACGAGACCAAGCAGGAGUACGAGAUGCUGCAGCUGACGGGCAACGAGUUCACCUUUGAUGUCGAUGUCUCCCGUCUCCCCUGCGGCAUGAACAGCGCUCUGUACCUCAGUGAGAUGCUGGCCGACGGCGGCAAGAGCGAGCUCAACAAGGGCGGCGCCAACUUUGGCACUGGUUAUUGCGAUGCGCAGUGCUUCACAACGCCCUUCAUCAAUGGAGAGCUUCGGCUCACCGUUUCCCCCUCCCUAUGCAUACUGACAGAUCAGGAUAUCUGGGAGGCCAACUCGCGCGCCGUCCACGUCGCUCCCCACCCGUGCAACAUUACGCAGCUCUACGAGUGCACGGGCGAUGAGUGUGCCUUUUGA